AUGAAGUUCUAUAUUGAGUACGACAUCCCUUACCAUUCUGCCGUCACACCCAGUCUGACUGACCUUAAUAGCGAUCUUCCGGUCCUCUUCCCAUACCCUCGCAUCUAUCCCGAACAGUAUGACUACAUGUGCGAUCUCAAGAAGACCCUCGAAGCGGGGGGUCAUUGUGUCUUGGAGAUGCCUUCGGGAACAGGCAAAACGGUUUCGCUUCUCUCCCUUAUCGUCGCAUAUCAGCAACACUACCCGGAAAAACGGAAGCUCAUCUACUGCUCCCGAACCAUGUCCGAGAUUGAAAAGGCGUUAGCAGAACUGAAAGCUCUGAUGAAAUAUAGGUCCGAGCAGUUGGGCAUAGUUGAGGAAUUUCGUGGCUUGGGUUUGACAAGUCGGAAGAAUCUCUGCCUGCAUCCUUCAGUGAAGAGAGAAAAAAGUGGUGCAGUUGUGGACGCGCGGUGUCGGAGUCUCACAGCAGGCUUUGUUAAGGAGAAGAAGGAAAGGGGCGAGGACGUAGAGUCAUGCAUCUACCAUGAUAACCUUGACCUGCUUGAACCACAUAAUCUUGUUCCGCCAGGCGUUUUUACCCUCGAUGGGCUCCUCCGCUAUGGAGAGCAGCACAAGCAAUGUCCCUACUUCUCAGCCCGCCGAAUGAUGUCCUUUUGCAAUGUCAUCAUCUACUCCUACCAUUACCUCCUUGACCCGAAAAUUGCGGAACGUGUUUCCAAGGAGUUGUCAAAAGAUUGUAUUGUUGUUUUUGAUGAAGCGCAUAACAUUGACAACGUCUGCAUUGAGUCUCUGUCAAUCGACCUCACCGAGGAUUCGCUCCGCAAAGCUACUCGCGGAGCCCACAAUCUGGAGCGCAAGAUCGAAGAGAUGAAGUCGUCAGACGAAGAGAAACUGCAAAACGAGUAUCAAAAGCUUGUAGAAGGUCUUCGUCAGGCCGAUGAGGCUCGUGCCGAGGAUGCAUUUAUGGCUAAUCCUGCCCUUCCAGACGACUUGUUGAAGGAAGCAGUCCCCGGUAACAUUCGUCGGGCAGAGCAUUUUGUGGCUUUCUUGAAGCGUUUUAUCGAGUAUCUCAAAACGCGAAUGAAGGUACUUUAUGUGAUUCAGGAGACGCCCCCAUCCUUCCUCGCACAUCUGAAGGACCUCACCUUUAUCGAGAGGAAACCACUACGAUUCUGUGCCGAACGUCUAACGUCUCUGGUUCGCACACUUGAGCUCACUAACAUCGAAGACUACCAACCUCUACAGGAGGUAGCUACAUUUGCUACACUGGCUGCCACAUACGAUACAGGCUUCCUGCUCAUACUCGAACCAUAUGAGAGCGAGCAGGCCACGGUCCCGAAUCCGAUUCUCCAUUUUACCUGUCUUGAUGCAUCAAUUGCCAUUAAGCCUGUGUUUGAGCGCUUCUCGUCCGUAAUCAUCACCUCUGGAACUAUAUCUCCUUUGGAGAUGUAUCCGAAAAUGCUCAACUUCAGUACAGUGCUACAGGAGUCAUAUCCCAUGUCACUUGAGCGUCGCUCUUUUCUACCCAUGAUUGUCACACGAGGUUCUGAUCAGCAGACAAUAUCUUCUGGCUUUCAAAUUCGCUCCGAUCUUGGAGUCGUCCGGAACUAUGGUAACUUGCUCUUCGAGUUUGCCAAAAUCACACCAGAUGGCAUCGUCGUCUUCUUUCCCAGUUACCUCUACAUGGAACAGAUCAUCAGUAUGUGGCAAGGAGCCGGUAUCUUAGAUCAGAUUUGGAAUUACAAGCUUCUCCUUGUCGAGACACCCGAUGCGCAGGAGACCAGUUUGGCGCUGGAGACAUAUCGAACAGCUUGCGACAGUGGGAAAGGUGCUAUCCUACUCUGUGUAGCACGUGGUAAGGUGUCGGAAGGAAUAGAUUUCGAUCAUCAUUUUGGCCGUACCGUCAUCUGCAUCGGCGCUCCCUUCCAGUACACCGAGUCUCGAAUAUUGAAGGCUCGGUUGGAAUUUCUCCGGGAAACCUAUCGAAUCAAAGAAACUGACUUCCUUUCCUUUGACGCGAUGCGACAUGCAGCUCAAUGUCUUGGACGUGUACUGCGAGGAAAAGAUGACUAUGGAAUAAUGGUCUUGGCUGAUCGUAGAUUCCAACGGAAGAGAAACCAACUACCGAGAUGGAUCGCUGAUGCCAUGACGGAUGGAGAAACAGGUCUUUCGACAGACAUGGCGGUUGGCAUGGCAAAGAAGUUCCUGAGAUCCAUUGCACAGCCAUUACCAAAAACGAGCCGUGAACUGUCAGGCGGCAAAGGCAAAGAUUCCUGGUCGCUGCAAGAUCUGGAGAAUGUUCAAGCGGAACGACGCUCAAGACGUGGUGAGGGUGGUCAUACAGGACGGGACGAGGACGAGGACAGGCAUCAUGAUAUGCAAGGCAUCAACAACCAGAAUGGUACAGGAAAUGGCCAUGUUGAAGAAAUCGAUCGGGCGCUGGAGCCUACUAGUAAUUACAUGAGAAAUGGGCUUGAUGAGUUUGACGAGGGCAUUGACGAUGAUGAGCUCAUGAGGAUGGAGGCUUGA